AUGGAGGCAGUAAUAUGCCUUUUAAUUGAAUUCCAUUCACCGGCAUACCUGCAUAAGCAUUAUACUGGACUGUGUUGGAAUUAUCUGAUAUUUUCAAUUCCUUCGACUCAUUUCCACGGAGAUCGUCUAAUUCGACCAGAAAAUAUCGUCGAAUUAGACGAUCUCCGUGGAAAUGAGUCGAAGGAAUUGAAAAUAUCAGAUAAUUCCAACACAGUCCAGUAUAAUGCUUAUGCAGGUAUGCCGGUGAAUGGAAUUCAAUUAAAAGGCAUAUUACUGCCUCCAUCACCUGGUUGGCCAAAAAAUAGAUACUUUACUUGGAUUAAUUAUCUAACCUAUCUGUCUGCUCAUAAUGAUCACAUAAGAAGCUUUUCCUCAACUCGAGAUAUCAUUAGUCAGCAUAACGCGACCACAUUUCAAGUGAAUUCAUCAUCAAAAAUAGCCAAUAUAAAUAAUCCACUUCAUCAGUGUACAAAUCUAUCCACUGAAGGCAUAGGACAAGCAAUUACACUGAAUAGUUUGCCCAUCUGUCCUUCAGAAUCCAUUUUUAGAGGCGUUCAUGCAUUUGAUUCUGUACAGAAACAUGAAAAUUCGAGUAAUUCUAGUACUGAAUAG